UUUACGGGAGUUGUCAAAAUUCUCAGGUCAAAAUUAAAGACCCAUCAAUGUUUAUUUUCAAGCUCUGCAAUUGUACUGCAGCAGUAUCUGAUAAUAUUGAUUUUGUAUAAAAUGGGAAAAAGUUUCUGAAAUUUGAUAUAAAAUUCCCAUUUAGGUAAUGUUUGAAAAGCUUUCCGUGGAAAAAGGAAGCAAAGCCAGCAAAAUGGAGGAACUAUCUGGGGUGAUGAUUGUGCUCAUCAUUGGAGGCGGGGUCCUUGCUGUCACAAUUUGUUUUAUCGUUGCAAAGCGACAGAUUGUUCGUUUCACACUGCGACAACGUAGAGGGCCUCAUGUGGCCGUGGGUCACGAUGCCAAGAAGUCAAUUAAAAAAGAGAUCGAAAGACGAAUCGAUUGCAUUCAAAAAAUCUAUUACGAACCAAAACUGCUGUGGGAUGACAAAAAAGAUGGUGAUAAAUACAUUUUGCAGCCAGAUUCUACUUUACCACCCUACUAUUAUAGAAUGAAGGCAAUGGAUGAUAUACAAGAUCUUGAAAGGGAAAUCACGAAACAUGAUGGUUCUACCAGACAUCCUAGGGAUAGUUUGCGGGCGUUUCUGUUGAUUACAUUGGCCGCACCAUUGAAUGGUUCAGGACAAAGGCUGAUUCACCAAUUUUGUGAUAUGUAUGAGCAUGCAAGGCAUGAUCCGAAUGAAUUUGGCGAGGACGAAUAUCAAGCCUAUCAACGUUUACUCAAGAAGCUUACGGAUGCGGCUAAAAUGUUAAAAUCGUUUACAAACAGUCGAAAGUCUUCGCCGAAUCGAACUCCCGUCAAGAAACAGAGUAAGAUGCAAUCACUCUUAGAUCCCUCGCGUUUGAGACCCCCACCGAUUGGCAGCAGCGUGGUCGGAGGUAUCGGUUCUGGUGCAGGGGAUGCUGGAAACCAAAAUGCCCGGUUGAAUCUUUCACUUGGGGUUCAUUUACAGAAUCAACAGCAGCAGCAAGAGUUGGAUGAAAAUGAAAUACUGAGUAUUUCACGGUACCACGGGGAAACAGAAACAUUUGCCAUACACAGGUCUUUCAAAAAUUGAAAAUGUUUAAGGAGGCGGAGAAUGAUUUGGAAAACCUAUUGGAAUGAUUCUGAGGGUUACAAUACAAAUAAUUUAUAUGAAUAAUAAUCGGUUGUAGAGCAUAAAUA